AGCACUACUACUACUUCCUAGAGAGAGAGAGAGAGAGAGAGAGAGAGUUGAGCUGCGUGCCCUGCCGCGACUCUUCACGUUGCUUCUUGAGAGAGAGGAAGAGAGAGAGAGGGGCGGAGAUGUCCAAGAUGGCGGAGGAGAAGGCGGUGGGCGGAGCGGCCGGGGCGGCGGACGCGGCGCAGCAGCAGCAGCUGGCGGCGGGCGAGGCAGCGGCGGCGCGGGUGCGGCCCGUGGAGACGCUGCUGCGCGCGGCGCCGCUGGGGCUGUGCGUGGCCGCCAUGGCCAUCAUGCUCAAGGACCAGCAGACCAACGAGUACGGCACCGUCGCCUACUCCGACCUCGGCGGCUUCAAGUACCUCGUCUACGCCAACGGCCUCUGCGCGGCCUACUCCCUCGUCACGGCCUUCUACACCGCCGUGCCCAGGCCAGCCACCGUGUCACGCUCCUGGGUCGUCUUCCUCCUCGACCAGGUGUUCACGUACCUGAUCCUGGCCGCCGGCGCGGCGGCAGCGGAGCUCCUGUACCUGGCCUACAACGGCGACAAGGAGGUGACGUGGAGCGAGGCGUGCGGCGUGUUUGGCGUCUUCUGCCGCAAGGCUCGGACCUCGGUGGCCAUCACCUUCGGCUCCGUGCUCUGCUUCAUCCUCCUCUCCCUCAUCUCCUCUUACCGCCUCUUCAGCGCCUACGAGGCGCCCCCGUCGUCGGCACUCGGCAACAAGGGCGUCGAGAUCGCUGCCUACCCGCGCUGAAGCCGCCGCCAGCGACCAGAGGCUGCCUUCCAUCCAGCGUGGUGGCAUAAUCUCUAUUAUGUGUAGGUGAUCAAGUAAUAAGUAAGGGCGUAUUAUAUAUAUAAAUUCAUAGUAGUUUGCUGCUACAUAUGAUGAUUAGUACAGUGCUGCUGCUUCUGGUAAAUUGUGCUUGACUCGGUAAUUAUAUACUAGUUUGCAUGGUUCUUGUGUGUAGUGGGUGAAUUGAUCCUUCAACUCUUGAAAGGCACAUCUUUGAGACUGUAAACAUCUGUAGCAAACAAAUCGUUUGGAGACA